AUGUACCAUUCGUCCCGUCCGUCGUCAUCGCCCCGGCCUCGCUAUCGCCCUAUCGGCCAUCGGCCUCGCCCAGUUCAUGCAAACCGUAGUAAGCCACCGCCACGCUUAGAAAUGGACCCCCAGCAGCAUAGCAGCGGCGGCAGCAGAAUCAACACCACCACCACCACCACCACCAAUAAACACGACGACAACCACGAUUCCAACAGCACAGAAGCGGAGCUUGAGUCUUUCCGUCGCCAGUGGAGAGAGGAAGUCACAGCCAGGACCAAGGGCAAAGCCCAGGCAACAUCAUCCUCAGCCAAAGUCACAGACACUUCAAGCAAACCUAGGAGUCAUGUACCGCAUACCGCGCCAUUUACCCACAUCCACACCCGCCAGCGUAGCGUAGAAGAAUCAGACGAGGUAACACCUCAUAUCUACCAAAACCUCGGUGAGAAACAGCAUGGUCGGAGGCUGGAUGAAACCGGUGCUCAGACGGCUGCUGCAUUCGAGGCAAAUCAGGAGCCAAAUUCCGCGCUAGAGCACUACGAGAAGGCUGUAGAGAAGGAGUCUCAAGGUAGUCUGGGCGAUAGCGUGAGCCUGUACAGAAAAGCGUUCCGGCUCGACUCGAGAGUGCACGAGACGUACAAGGCAAAGCAUUUCCCUCCUUCUUAUUUUAUUGGCAAGGGUAAACCAUCAGCGACCACAGCGGUACUGCCUACUCCGAAUCCAGCGCCACAAGUUGCCAAGACUGUAGCCGAAGACCGCAAUCCUUCCCAUGCUUCUACCAGCCUCUCAAGUACUGCACACCACUCCCUACAUGGUCUCUCCCCUGCCAUGCAAACCCUUGUUCAUGAAGCGUCUGCUCUACGCAUACUGGGUGAAGCCCCACCAACAGAUCUCUCGCCAGCCCCGCCAUGUCCUAUAUCCCACUUGCCUGAGGAGAUUCUGGUUGAGAUUCUGAUUCAUCUCGCGGUCAAGGACUUCGCUUCAUUUGUUCACCUGGCUCAAGUAUGCAAGCGACUGGCUUAUCUCACCACCACCGAAGAUCGCAUUUGGAAAAGAAUCACCCUAGGGCACGAAUAUGGUUUCGCCGCCAUGCAUUACACAUGGUCGUGCGAAUUCGAUGGCACCCCACUCGGCGACCUGGUCCUUGGGUUGGACAGUAUUGACAUCUCGGACAGCGAAGACCUGUCUCCUUCCCCUGCUUCCCCUUCGCCUCUUUCUCUAACCCGGCUCCUGGUUCCCUCCACCUACCCAAACUACCGCACCCUUUUUCAACGCCGCCCUCGCAUCCGCUUCAAUGGCUGCUACAUUAGCACGGUAAAUUACAUGCGGCCUGGCCAGGCCUCUCCCACAUCAUUAACUUGGAAUUCUCCAAUUCACAUCGUGACAUACUACCGAUAUCUUCGCUUUCUGCGCGAUGGAACCUGCAUCUCACUCCUCACCACCUCGGAGCCUGCAGACGUGGUACCCUAUCUUUACACUGAAAACAUGCACAAAAACCACGGUUCCCUACCAACAGCGCCAAUAAAAGAUGCUGUAUUAGGACGAUGGCGACUUUCUGGCCCCUGUAUCCCACACGCAGGCUUAGAGCAAGAGGCAGAAGGUACUUUGAUGAUAGAAACCGCAGGCGCAACACCAAAAUACAUGUACAAAAUGGCACUAACCAUCGGACACGCGGGGCGCGCAAGUAAGAAUAACAAACUUAGUUGGCAAGGGUAUUGGAGUUACAAUCGGUUGUCAGAUGACUGGGGCGAGUUUGGGUUGAAGAAUGAUAAGCCGUUUUAUUGGAGUAGGGUGAAGAGCUAUGGGAUGGCGUGGGGUGAGGCCGGAAUGAAGAAGAUGUGA